AUGGAGUACACCUCUUCCCCGAAGCCACAGCUCUCCUCCAGGGCAAACGCGUUCUCGAUAGCCGCUCUCAUGUCAAGUGGAAAAACGAAGGACAAGGAAACCGAUGAAAACACCAUCAAGCCACUUGGUAAGCAGAUCGCGCCCCCAUUUCACGGGGUCCACUGGCAGUGCCUUACAUAGAAUUCACAUUUUCAAUAUAACCUACAAUCGAGCGUGAUAGCUUUCUUGGCAAUAUUGUUUGUUAGAUUGUUGAAAUCAAUCUUGACUUCGAUUAUGCUAUGGCGAAAGAAAGGGUUGUCUAUAGGUAUAGGCCUACUUCUAUAGCCAUAAUGUUCAAUGGGCCUAUUGGAAAAUAACUGAGACCUUAAUUUAAGAUGCCACACAUGACAUGAUGGUAGGCCUAUGUUUUUAUAACCUUUCACAAAAUAUUGGGCCAAAAAUCAGGCAGUGUAUAACCCCGUUCAUAGACUGUCAGCAAAAGUUUCAGUUUCAAGUUUUAUUAGUCAUAUGUAGGGGAUGUGCAUGGCAUGCGUAUCCCGUACAUACGACUAAUAAAACUUGAAACUGAAACUUUUGCUGAAUAUAUAUAUAUAUAUAUAUACAUCGUCCAACGAAAUGCUUACUUGCAGGUUCCUUCUCGACAAUGCAACAACAAUAAGAAAUAAAAGAUACGAACAUAAAGCAAUAUUGCAUGAGCAUAAAACAGUAUUGAUGGAUUUUACACAUGUAGGCCUACAAACAUAUGUAUUCAGUAGGCCUAUGGUUCACUGAAAAGGCUCUGAAAGAACCGAUUGUCUCCAGUGUCAACAAAAAGUGUAUGGGCUAAUGAAACAGAGAUAUCAACAUUUCUCUAUCCAGAAAUGUCAUGCUGUGUUGGCUGUAGUGGUGCUUGCUAAUAAUUGCUAACAUGUUACUGAAUAUUUGAUUCAAUCAAGUUUACUUUUCAAUUUAUCCAAGAAAAAGGUCAAAUCAAACGUUUUUGUCAGAUAAAUAUUAGCAUUCAGUGAAUAGAUGGAGACAUGGGUUAGUUGACUAGACCUGUAUGCAAUUACUGACAGGGAAAUAUAACACGGACAUUGCUGUUACCCAGAACUAUAUCAUCGUGAGAAAAAAAUGUUUGUUUUGAAUUUAACUGAAUAUCUCUUCGAAAUAGCGUGGCCAUUUGUAGCCUACUGAAAUAACCAAUAUGUUGUUUUUGUGAUUCAGUUGCACUUUUGACAUUUGUAGUAGGCAAAUGUAAUGUCGUUCAAUGGAAAGCAAAUAGAAAAAAACAUUAAUCUUACUUUUAAUAUAUAUUCUUGCAUUUGUCAAAUACCCUUGGGCCUACAUGUUUUGAUAAUGUUUUUAAUUAUUUGAAUACAAUACAUUGUAUUGGAAUUUAUAUAUCUAUAGGCUACUAGGCUAGUUGUGUUUAAUUGAUACAAUAAUUCGUUCGACUACUUUCUAAAGCUAAAUAAUAAUAAUAAUCAAUUUAUGACAUUUUUGAAACAAUGAGUUUUUACAUUUCUUUAAACGUCUAUUAGGCUACUUGUAUUAUAUAUAUAUAUAUGUUUUGGCUGGUGUAAAAAUAAACGAAUGAAACCAGCAUUUGAACAUGGUGGUUUUUCAUCCAUAGAACAAUUCGUGGAGAAGUCCUCCUGUAACCAGGGUUUGGGAGAGCUGGCUUCUCUAGAUGCUCACGGAGAUUUCAGCGGGAGCGCGCCUGCAGUGUGCACGGAGCCGCUCAUCCCCACCACCCCCAGUGUGCCCAGCGAGGAAAUGGCCAAAAUCUCCUGCAGUUUAGAGACCAAGGAACUCUGGGACAAGUUCCAUGAUCUCGGCACCGAGAUGAUCAUCACAAAAUCCGGAAGGUAAACUUCAAUUUCUCACUGCAAAAACAAAAAGUGUUACAUGUUAUAUUCUGUGGGUCCUAUAUUAUCGACACCACGUAGGCCUAUUUUGUUUUGUAUUUUCAGGCUCAAGUUGAUUUAUUUAUUUUUUUGGGGGGGGGGGGGGGGGGUGUAGCCCAUAAUAAGACUAAUUUCGGCAGUUAUUUCAGUUUUUAUAUAUAUAUAUAUAUAUAUGUAAACUGUGCGAUAAAUAUAAGCCACUACAAAUGAAGCUGGGUUAAAUAUUAGGCUACCUCUGUGUCCUUAUCACAUUAUUUAAAAUGUAUUCAUAAAUAAGCGCUCAUUUUUACCCUACAAGCUCUGUAGGUGAAUAUUGGGUAGUGAUGUAUUUAAAGGCCUGGUGUGUGAUAAAACGGAUUUACAUGGACAUGCAAGCGCAUGGAUAACAUUUCUGUUUUUGUAUAUAUGUAAACUGUGCGAUAAUUGCACCACAAAUUAUUGUAGCGCAUCUGCCAUGUGUGGAAAUGUUUAUAGCCUAAGGGUAAUUAUGUAAUCGAUUUACAACUCUAAAUGUUGAGAAAUAAAAACAUAUUUAUGUAAAUAUUAACAUAAUUUAAGCAAAAUACUUUUCCUCGAAAAACGUCAUGCUGUUCUAAAGAUAUUGCAGGCAAAUAUUCUCCCUGCCAUGAAUAUUUAUUAAAAAAGAUAUAGGGAAUAUGCCUCACGCUAAAAACAUGUUUCAUCAAAUAGCCUACAGAUAAAGGAAACACGUAAACCUCAUACAAAACGGGAGCUAUUGAGAAUGAUUUAUGGACGAAGGAAUUCAGUGAAAUAUGACUCUCAUCAUCUUAUAUUUUACUUGGAGCCUAGGUUUGAGUAAAUAUUUAUCUCUCAACGAAAAUAGUUGGCGUGGGUUUGUGUAGUCGUUGCGUUUACCGUCUCUCUUCCCCUCCAACAGAAGAAUGUUCCCCACCAUCCGUGUGUCCUUCUCCGGGGUGGACCCGGACGCCAAAUAUAUCGUGCUGAUGGACAUUGUUCCCGUCGACAACAAACGCUACCGAUACGCCUACCACAGGUCGUCCUGGCUCGUGGCGGGCAAGGCGGACCCUCCUCUGCCUGCACGGUUGGUUACUUUUUUUACACUCGUCUCUCUCAUCACUGCGAGGCUUUUACGCACGAGUCGUUCAUGUCAAAAUCAUUCACAAAAUGGUAUGUGGUAUGUAGCCAAUGAGGCUAAUUAUUGUUAUAUGGAUAGCAAAUACAUUAUAUUAUAGGUCUUAGAUAACUACAUUUGGGAAGUAUUUUUUUAACUUGACUGACAACGGUCUGCAUUGGGACAAAUCCGCCCUUUUGAUUUUGAAUAGCAUGAUAAUACGUUUUUCUGUGUUUGCAUAGGUCUUUUCAAUUAUCUUGUGUAUUUUAAUAUACAUAUUGUAUUUAUAUUGCAGGUUAUACGUGCACCCUGACUCUCCUUUCACUGGGGAACAGCUGCUCAAACAAAUGGUUUCUUUCGAGAAAGUAAAGCUCACCAACAACGAACUGGACCAACAUGGACACGUAUGUUAUUGAUUUGUUAUUGGUAUUGAAACAUUGAAGCAUAUUCAUGUUAUUUCUCACAUUAACUGAAAUGUUAAAUCAUUAGAACUAUAGUCUAUAAAAGCUGUAUAGCCUAACCCGAGAUAAGCCCAUAUGGGCUAUCCUCGUCGUAUAACUGAUCAUUAAAUACCAAAGGACUUGUGGAGAGUUUCCCCAUGCAGUCAAUAUUGGAAUUAUUAUUAUUAUCUCAAAGUGUAAACAAUAUUGACAAAUUAAAAUGAUAAUUUGGGGGAUAUUUCUAAAAGAAGUAGGGCAAUUAUUUGUGUUUAGAUGGGAUUAUAAUGGAUUUAAAUAAAUAAACAUACUUGCAGGUGAUUUAUGAAAUAAUUGCUCAGUAAACUUUCCAUAAAAUCUCGUGGAAGUUUCCCAUGGGAAAUUUGUUUUUUCCAAAUCUCUUUCACAUGUCAUUGGGAAAUUAAAUGUUCUCAACUGUAAAUCAGAGACUUGUAACGUGUUGGAUUCAAAAUCCACAUGAUGCUUGGUUUCACCUGUGAAGAUCCAGUUACAUUUUAACAUUUAAAUUCAUAUUUUCUUUAUAUUCAAAUCAUAUUUUCUUUCCGUAAGGGAAAUUAAUACUGCCUACAUGUUUACGAGAAGCAGAAACAAGUGCUAAACUAUAGAACUAUAAGUAGAAACUAUGUGCAGAAACGAAAACAAUAAUGCAAUAUGUGUCCCAUGCAGCACCAUUCUUUUACAUUAUAAACACUAUUAGGCUAACAUCAUACUCUGAUUAGCCUACACCAUACCAAACCAACAGGUAGUGCGGAAAAACGUCUCCUUGAAUUUACGCACAAACACGUUUAAUUUCGAGGGCAUGUCCGUGGUAUUCGAUAUAUAAAAAGAGUAGGCCUAUAGGCGAGAGCAAUGGGAUAUGAUUACAACACCAGAUAGAUAUUUGCUAAACAAUGUGAAUGAUGUCAUGGGAUUUUGAUUUUCAUGACGCAAGUAAAGGCGGAUGUAGCUGAUUGGAUAGGAUAAAAAAAACGUUUUUUUCUGUUGAUCAAAAAAAUAUCUCUAACGGUGACCGAUAUGUAAUUUAAGAGAGAUUUAUGCAAGCUUUUAACCCCACCAAUAAUUGGCAUUCAAAUAUAAUCAUUUUCGAAAACCUUGAAAGUGAAUGUCGUUUUGUAGACUAGUCAUGUGAAAUUGCAUUGACAUAAAGACACAUCAGGUUAUAGUGCACCUGGCAGCUUUUAACAGGCAUCUUUCAACAGCUCACUCUGUUUCAUCAUUCUCAGGAACAAUAAUUCUGUCUUGAGAUAAGCUUGCAUAUUUCAAACAACAAUUCGUUUUUUAUUCCCAUUGCUUCCUAUACAUGCAGAAGUUUAAGUUGAGAUGUGUCAAUUGUGAGGAUUUUAGCUGAAUGUUGAUAAAGGCAGGCAGGAACUCUUAGUUCUUAGGACACCAUACCACACCACAUCGCUUUUGCCCAGUCCAGUCUCACAUAUGCUGUAUGAAUCUGAAUCAUAUUAAUCUGAACCAGAGUAUAGCAGGCUAAUUCCCCACAGCCACACAUUAUAACAUUCUUGCUGAGCCACUGUAUAGGCUAUGGAGUCAGAUAAAGGAGAAAUGUUCUUCAUCAAAUCAAAUUGUAUUUGUCACAUGCUUCGUAAACAGCAGGUGUAGACUAACAGUGAAAAGCUUACUUACGGGUCCUUUUCCAACAAUGCAGAGUUAAAGAUAAAGAUAACAACUAUAAAAUAAAAAUAGAAAUAGUGACAUGAGGAAUACUGUAAAUACACAGUGAAUAACGAAUGACAAUAACUAGUAAAAAUAACAUGGCUAUAUACAGGAAGUAACAGUACUGAGUCGAUGUGCAGUGGAUGUGCAGGGGUAGGAGGUAAUUGAGGUAGCUAUGUAGAUAUAUAGUGCAUUCGGAAAGUAUUCAGACCCCUUCACUUUUUCCACAUUUUGGUAGGUUACAUCCUUAUUCUGAAUUUUUUAAAUAUUUUUUUUAUAAUCCUCAUCAAUCUAUGCACAAUACCCCAUAAUGACAAAGCAAAAAGAGGCUUUCUGAAUUUUUGCAAAUUUAUUCAAAUUCAAAAACAGAAAUAUCACAUUUACAUAAGUAUUCAGACCCUUUAAUCAGUACUCUGUUGAAGCACCUUUGGCAGCGAUUACAGCCUCAAGUCUUCUUGGGUAAGACGCUACAAGCUUGGCACACCUGUAUUCUUCCUCUGCAGAUCCUCUCAAGCUCUGUCAGGUUGGAUGGGGAGCGUUGCUGUUCGAACAGGUUCAAGUCCGGGCUCUGGCUGGGCCACUCAAGGACAUUCAGAGACUUGUCCCGAAGGCCACUCCUGCGUUGUCUUGUGCUAUCCUCAUCGUUGAAAGGUGAACCUUCACCCCAGUCUGAGGUCCUGAGCGCUCUGGAGCAGGUUUUCAUCAAAGAUCUCUCUGUACUUUUCUCAGUUCAUCUUUCCCUCGAUCCUGACUAGUCUCCCAGUCCCUGCCGCUUAAAAACAUCCCUGAAAAACAUCCCCACAGCAUGAUGAUGCCACCUUCACCGUAGGGAUGGUGCCAGGUUUCCUUCAGACGUGAUGCUUUGCGUUCAGGCCAAAGAGUUCAAUCUUGGUUUCAUAAGACCAGAGAAUCUUGUUUCUCCUGGUCUGAGAGUCCUUUAGGUGCCUUUAGGCAAACUCCAAGCGGGCGGUCAUGUGCCUUUUACUAAGGAGUGGCUUCCGUCUUGCCACUCUACCAUAAAGGCCUGCUUGGUGGAGUGCUGCAUAGAUGGUUGUCCUUCUGGAAGGUUCUCCCAUCUCCACAGAGGAACUCUGGAGCUCUGUCAGAGAGACCAUUGGGUUCUUGGUCCCCUCACUGACCAAGGCCCUUCUCCCCCGAUUGCUCAGUUUGGCUGGGCGGCCAGCUCUAGGAAGAGUCUUGGUGGUUCCAAACUUCUUCCAUUUAAGAAUGAUAGAGGCCACUGUGUUCUUGGGGACCUUCAAUGCUGAAGAAAUGUUUUGGUACCCUUCCCCAGAUCUGUGCCUCGACACAAUUCUGUCUCGGAGCUUUACGGACAAUUCCUUCUACCUCAUGGCUUGGUUUUUGCUCUGUCAUGCACUGUCAACUGUGGGACCUUAUAUAGACAGGUGUGUGCCUUUCCAAAUCAUGUCUAAUCAAUUGAAUUUACCACAGGUGGACUCCAAUUAAGUUGUAGAAACAUCUCAAGGAUGAUCAAUGGAAACAGGAUUCACCUGAGUUCAAUUUUGAGUGUUAUAACAAAGGGUCUGAAUACUUAUGCAAAUAAGGCAUUUCUAUUUUUCAUUUGUUAUUAAUAAAAAUAAAAAAAAAAAUGUUUUAACUUUGUCAUUAUGGGUUAUUAUGUGUAGAUUGAUGAUGAUUUUUAUUUAUUUAAUCAAUUUUAGAAUAAGACUGUCACGUAACAAAACGUGGAAAAAGUCAAGGGGUCUUAAUACUUUCCGAAUGCACUGUAGGUAGGGGUAAAGUGACUAGGCAACAGGAUAUAUAAUAGACUGAGCUGCAGCGUAUGUGGUGUGUGUGUGUGUGUGUGUGUGUGUGUGUGUGGCGUCAGUAUGCAUGUGUUUACAUGUUAUGUGUAUGUGGGCAUAUUUAGGGUGUGUACGUGUAUGUGUGUGUUGGAGUGUCAGUGGAAGUAUGCAUAAGUGUGUGGGUAGAGUCCUAGGCAGGUACUUCCUGUUUGAGUCUUUGCUUGUAAGCAGGAAGCAGGAGGAUAUAAUUAUGGUCUGAUUUGCAAAAGGGAGGGCGAGGGAGUGCCUUGUAUUCAUUUCUGUGUGUGGAAUAAAGGUGAUCUAAAGUUGUCACCUCUAGUUCCACAGUUGAUAUGCUGGUAAAAAUGUAAAACGUAUUUCAGUUUCCCUGCAUUAAAAUCACCGGCCACGAGAAACUCUACCUUUGAAUGUGCAUUUUCUUGUUUGAUUAUAGCCCUAUGCAGCUUGUUGAGUACUGUCUUAGAGCCAGCAUCGGUUUGUGGUGGUAAAUAGACAGCUACGAAAAAUAUAGAUGAAAGCUCUUUUGGUAAAUAGUAUGGUCUGCAGCUUAUCAUGAGGUAUACUAACUCAGGAGAGCAAAAACUUGAGACUUCCUUAACAUUAGAGAUUGCCCACCAGCUGUUGUUAACAAAGAGACACACCCCUCCUCCCUUCGUCUUACCUGAGUCUGCCAUCCGGUCUUGACGAUGCAUAGAAAAACCAGCGAGAUGUAUAUCCAUGUCCUCGUUCAGCCACGAUUCGGAGAAACAUAGGAUAUUACAGUUUCAGGUCCCGUUGAUAGGAUAGUCUCCAACAGAUCUCAUCCAGUUUGUUCUCCAGUGAUUGCAUGUUCGCCAAAAGAACAGAGGGCAAUGGCAGUCUAUUUGCUCGCCGACAGUCUCGUCAGGGUGCCGGUUCGCCUGCCUCUCUUUCGCCGCUGCUUCCUCUUUCGAUUCCAGGGGAUAAGGGCCUGGUCCAGAGUAAGCAAAACGUCCAGAGCUGCUGACUCGUUAAAGUAGACAUUUCUGUCCAGAUCGAGAUUAGUGAUAGCGGUUCUGAUGUCCAGAAGCUGUUUUCGGUCAUAGGAAGUGAUGUCGGAGACAUUAUUUACAAAAAAAGUUAAGAUCAGCGUAAACAAAACACACAAAAUAGCAGAAUUGGUCAGGAACCCGUAACACGGCUGCUAUCCACUGCAGCGCCAUCUUCACAGAAGAUCAAGAUCAAGCAGAACAGCUAAGAGCUGAGGAAAAUGUUUCUCAGACUCCGUAGUGUUAACAUGAUUAUCUUUUCACACUCCUCUCUACUGCCACCCCAGUCAUCCUCUCUCACUCUUUCUGCUUGCUCUAUCACUCUGCCUCUUCUAUCACAAUGCUCUCUCUUUCUACUUUCUGUCAUCUCUCUCCACAUCUCUCUCAUCUAUCUAACCCUGUGUUUUUCCCUCUCUGUGUCUCUAUAGAUCAUUCUAAACUCCAUGCAUAAGUACCAGCCGCGGGUCCACAUUAUCAAGAAGAAAGACCACACCGCCUCCCUUCUCAACCUUAAGUCAGAGGAGUUCCGCACCUUCGUCUUCACCGAGACUGUCUUUACGGCGGUCACAGCCUACCAGAACCAGCUGGUGAGCAGUACAUCACUACUCAACUGUUCUGUACCAGGGUCUUAUUUAUUAACGCACACAAUGGAAAACCAAAACAAGCGUUUUGUAUUUGACUACAGUUCAGGUACCGUUACUCCCUCUUUCAUUCUUCCGAAUGGUGCCUAGUGAACAUGACCCUGGGGUCACCAGGGAGGACGUGUUCUGUUGCUGGAUAGUGUUCAUGGGUAGAGACAAUACAGUAUGUUGAAUAUAGGGGGUUGUGUGGCUGGUUUACAGACAGCAUGCAUAGGGAGUGUGUUCAGCUCUGUCUAAAGCCAGUUCUGCCACCCAGGCCCUCCCUGACUCCCUUUGUGUGUUUAGUCUGGCUAUCCCAUGGAAAAAGAUAGAGAGAGCGAGACAGACAGAAAGGGAGAGGGAUAAGAGUCUGAGACAGAGAGAAAGGAGAAAAUGGCAUCUAAUCUGUUUGCGGGCCUCUUUCUUUCCAGAUAACCAAGCUGAAGAUCGACAGCAACCCGUUUGCGAAAGGCUUCCGAGACUCCUCCCGACUGACGGACAUGGAGAGGUACAGGGAAUUUUAUGUCCUUGCCUGUUUGUUUAUUUCUGUCCUGCGCGGAUAAGAUAAACAAGGGGAAUGGAACUGGGAGAGAGGGGUGAGCGUAGUCGUGUUAGGAGCUAGCUAUGGAGCUGUGUACACAGGCUACUCAUUAGCAAGUGCACAUGCCGGGUUGUUUAUUUAUUUCUGCUCAUUAGUAGUGUGUGUGUGGAGGGGGGGUAUGCAUGUGUGUGUGUGUGUGUGUGUGUGUGUAGUACAGUUUUGCAUACGUGUGUGUAUGUUACAGAGAAAUUAAGAGAAAAAGGAGGAGAGGGGACAUUGAAUUCGUUUUGCCACUAGAUAGAGGACUGUGUUACUGUAUAGUGUUGGUUUUUAUUUCAAUGCCAGUAAUUGUCUGAAAUUGUUGUUUCUAUAGAUAUCUUGUGGUUAUCUGAGUGACUUCCCAGGGUGCAAUGCCAACCCACCCUAGUAUAAACUUCUGGCUAACACACACACACACACACACACACACACACACACACACACACACGCACACGCGCACACGCACGCACACACGCGCACGCGCACGCGCACACGCACGCACACACACACACACACACACACACACAGAGUCCCAUCCAAAGGAUUUUAUGACCUACAGCCAAACAAACACCUUUUUUUUUAGAUCAACCAAUUCCAGCACUAUUGCCAAAAUCAGCUGAUAAAUCAGACCAUCCCAGGCCAUUUCCCAACCAAACAAGCAAAGUCAAAGACUGCCAAGAGACAGCCAGACAACCAACUCCCCCUUUCUGGCUUUCUCUUUUUGAGGGCUGUGAAUUAGAUCUGAUCAAUUGAUCUUCAGAGAGCUGCAGAAAUCACAUUAGUCUGGAGUCGGCCACUGCACUAAAACACGGUGUAAUUUGAUUGGCUGCUGUGACUGAUUGAAACCAGCCCCCUGCAUCGUGGCCUACUUUGGCCUCUGUGCCGGACAGGCCAGAGCUGAUAAAAACACACACACAUUUGUACUGCGCCGCUGACAGAUAUUGCACUUUCCUAACCUAAUUGGGGGGCUAAUGUGGAUGCAUGGCUCUUGUGAUGCAGACCACUCCUGUCCAACCAACCCUCCUCCUCCACCACCACCAUAUCUGUCCCUCCCUGUGUCACUGAGGCGCUGUCUGACAAGACUCACAGGAACUAAUGCACUUUUUGUUAGAGUACACACACUAAGACUAAGACACACACACACACUGCUUUAAUUAUGUACUUUGAUACUUAGAAAAGAAUGAUCUUUGCUUUUAUGCUCCAAAGGGGUAGCACAACUAUUGAGACAUGUUGUGUAUUCUGGUGUUUUCUAUCUUUAUCUACAUUUAGUGUGAUUUUGUUGCACUGGCAUUUUAUAAACCAUACACUUGCCUUUAUAUCUAUAAUGUAAUGGGCUCUUUAUUUUUACAUACCUAAUGUGUACAGAUAUAUUGACUGUGUGUGUACAGAUAUAUUGACUGUGUGUACAGAUAUAUUGACUGUGUGCAGAUAUAUUGACUGUGUGUACAGAUAUAUUGACUGUGUGUACAGAUAUAUUGACUGUGUGCAGAUAUAUUGUUUGUGCUGAUAUAUUGUGUAUCUAUUGUCUACAUACUGUACAUUCAGUAAUGUCUGUCAUCAGUGUAACUAUAAAAGAUAUAAUUUGGGUUAUAGGUUACUGCAAAGACAUGAUAUAUCUUGGUGAGUUGUUUUGGGGUAUUGGUGUGAAUGCAGAUACAGUAUAUAUUGGACUGAAUGUACAUUUUAUAUUAGAAUAGGAAUUUUCAUAUUUUGGUGUGAAUGUAGCAAUAUAUUUAAGUGUGAACAUAGAGAUAUAUUUUGGGCCUUUCUCUUUGGUUUUUGCUGCAGGGAAAGUGUUGAGAGUUUGAUCCACAAGCACUCAUACGCCCGGUCACCAAUACGCACCUACGCAGGAGAGGAGGAGACACUGGGGGAUGAAGUCCACGCCGCACACAGGGGUAAGAGAGUUUGUCACACACUGAUGAUGUCAUCACACACACAUUUCACAAGAUGUACAUCAUGCUAAUGAGCCAAAUGAGGGUCGUUCAGAGGUACUACUACCACAUUAUUUUACCAACAAUUUCAAACAACAGUCAUUCACAUAAAUGGAGCAAUAAAAUGCUGCUGAGUCAAUGUAGUGCAAAAUAUUUUAAUUUUUUAUUUAACCUUUAUUUAUCUAGUAAAGUCAGUUAAGAACAAAUUCUUAUUUACAGUGACGGCCUACCAAAAGGCCUACAUCAGUGACAGUAUUAUAGUAAGAGAUGUCUAACAGCGUCUCUCUCUCCAUCUCACUCUAAGGUUCUGCAUUCACCGCCUCUGACAACCUCUCCCUGAGCUCCUGGGUCACCGCCACCUCUGGUUUCUCAGGCUUCCAGCACCCCCAGUCCCUCUCUUCCAUGGGCUCCAGCAGCAACUCCCUGGCCACCCCCCUGCCCCACCCCAUCCAGGGCUCCCUGCCCCCCUACAGCCGGCUGGGCAUGCCCCUGACGCACUCGGCCCUUGCGGGCACCAUGCAGGGCAGCGGGCCCUCCUUCCCCUCCUUCCACAUGCCCCGCUACCACCACUACUUCCAGCAGGGCCCCUACGCUGCCAUCCAGGGACUGCGCCACUCCUCCACCGUCAUGACCCCCUUUGUAUGA